AUGGUUGACACGACACAUGAGCAGAUUUGUCUGCGGGAUCCUAGCUUGGCGUGCAACGCUGCCGACGUGAUUACGAACUCGCCCAUCGACGUGGCCGUUGGCCCGACCAUCAACCGACCACUACCUUGCUCUGGUCAAGGUACUCGAUCCCUGCUCUUGGUCGGUAUGGGACCCCCCGGCCUUGAUUUGCGCGCCUCCCGUCAAUUCAGCGGAUCCUGGUUGUCGUUCCGGGAUCCGUUCACUACUUCACCACGAAUCCACGUUGUGCUUGAGUGCGCCCGAGCCUGGUUAACGGCAGCUGCUAUCUUGAUUGGCAUCCAAAGCACCCGUUCCUAUCGGAUACCAGCGUACAGUUGUGGCCCUAUCCGCCGGGGAAAGCUGGCCAUCAUCCGCCUUGGCCGUAGCAACGUCAGCGAUCGCCGACUUUUGCCCAAGGGCCAUCGCGACGGAGCGAUGAGGGGAUUGGCAACGACCUGA